AUGUCCUCCCCAUCCUUGCUAACCGCAAAACUACCAACAUUCGAGGAGAUUCUAAAAACGGCCAAAGAGACAUUUCGUCAAAAUUUUGGCCAGCAGCCAGAAUUAGCCUGCUGUGCACCGGGACGUGUUAAUUUGAUUGGUGAACAUGUUGAUUACAAUGACGGUUAUGUUUUGCCCAUGGCCCUACCAAUGGUUACGGUCAUUGUUGGCGGUCAACGUCCGGGAAAUGAAGUUGAUUUAAUUACAUGCUGUGCUGGUGCUGAUGAUCCAAAGCGUGUUAAAUUUUCAUUAACGGAUUUGCAACCUAGCCAAAAACCAAAAUGGGCUAACUACGUUAAAGGUGUAAUCCACAGUUUUAUUGCAAGCGUUGGCGUACAGCAACUUGCAAAUGGUUUCAAUGCGGUCAUUGUGAGUAAUGUGCCUGUUGGGGCAGGUUUAUCGUCGAGUGCUGCCAUUGAAGUGGCCACAUUGACAUUCCUCGAACAUUUUACGGGCCAUGCAGUUGAAAGCAAUGCCAAACGAGCACUAAUUUGCCAAGCUGCUGAACAUAAGUUCGUCGGUAUGCCAUGCGGAAUCAUGGAUCAAAUGAUUUCGGUAGCUGGACAAAAGGAUUUUGCCCUGAAGCUGGAUUGUCGCUCUUUGGAAACAUUCCAAAUUCCAUUUGUUGCCGGUGAAAAGGAUCUGGUGGUUUUAAUUUGCAAUUCAGAUGUGCGGCAUGAGUUAUCCGACAGUGAAUAUCCAACAAGGCGCAAACAAUGCUUAGAGGCACUCAAGUUAAUGGGACUAAAGAGCUAUAGACAUGCAACAGAAGGCAACUUGUCAG